AUGGCGCAGCUGCUGUUGUUACUCUUUUGUCUCCAUUUCUGGCCAUGGAUUGGGAGCUCUGCUCAAGAGCUGGACCCUAAUGGGAAGAAUGUUUGCAAGGCUACCAGCCUCUCUGCAGGUCUGGUAUGCUGCCCAGGUUGGAAACAGGAAGGCAGGGAAUGCACAGCUGCGCUAUGUGAAGGGGAGGAUGCUUGCAAGGUGGAUGAAGUGUGUGUGAGACCUGGGAUCUGCCUCUGCAAACCUGGUUUCUUUGGAGCCAACUGCAACUCCCGCUGCCCUGACCAGUACUGGGGCUCGGACUGCAAGAAGAGCUGUUCAUGCCAUCCCAAUGGGAAGUGUGACCCUGUGAGCGGCCAGUGCACUUGCAAUGCCAACCGCUGGGGAGUGCUCUGCCAGUUCCCAUGCCAGUGUGGGCCUCAUGGCCACUGCAACACCCGCACUGGAGCCUGCCACUGUGAGCCAGGCUGGUGGGGACCGAACUGCAAGAAGCAGUGUCUGUGCAGGGUGGCCGGCUCCCACUGUGACCCUGUCUCAGGGCAGUGCGUCUGCACCCAGGGCUGGUGGGGCAGGAGAUGCAGCUUGAGAUGCAACUGCCACCUCUCACCCUGUGCCCAAGACUCAGGCAGGUGUGAGUGCAGGGCUGGGUUUUGGGGGCCAUUGUGCCAACAUCAUUGUGACUGCCUGCAUGGGAACUGCAACCCUCUUGAUGGGCAUUGCAGCUGCAACCCUGGCUAUCAGGGCAGGAGCUGUGGGGAUCCCUGUCCUGUCGGUUAUUACGGAUCUCAGUGCAGAUACAGCUGUGGGCACUGCAAGCGGAGCCAGCCCUGCUCUCCUGUGGAUGGGUUCUGCCUGGCAUGUGACUCUGGCUGGAAUGGUACCCUCUGUAAGAAGCUGUGCACGCCUGGAUACCAUGGGGAGAACUGUGCACAGAUGUGUCCCAGCUGCCGAAAAGGGGAGACCUGUCAUCCAGAGACAGGGGCUUGCUUGAACUGUGACUCUGGCAAGACAGGACCCAGCUGUGACGCACCCUGCCCUGCUGGAACAUUUGGAGAUGGAUGCCGGUUCACCUGUCCAGACUGUGUUAAUGGGAGCUGUGAUCCAGUGUCUGGGGAGUGUAUCUGCCAGGCUGGCUAUUGGGGCACCAGCUGCAAUGAGACCUGCCCAGAGGGUUUUUUUGGAGCGAACUGUUCUUCCCCCUGCCGAUGUCCAAGGGGCCCCUGCCACCCACACUCUGGGGACUGUGUGCUCAGAUCAAAGCACCAGGGAGCCCUGAUAGCUGGCAUUCUCAUCCCAUUACUCCUCCUAUUACUCUGUGUCACCUGCUGUUGCUGUUGCUGUGGAACCAGCCAGUUGGAUGCCAGAGACAGGAUGGCUGUUGCUGAUGGUGAUGCGGUCUCCAGAAUGAAACAUCAUGUGCAGGGGGUGCUGGCAAAUCUCAGCUCCAUGUUACCUUGCCUCUCACUGAGUGGCUACAAACUCCCCCGAGUCACAGUCUCCCACCAUGACACAGAGAUUCCCUUCAAUCCCAGCUUCAUUGAACCGCCUUCUGCUGCCUGGGCCUCAGACAGCUCCUUCUCCUCCUCCUUUGACACGGACGAUGAGGGCCCAGCCUACUGUGUCCCUGCCAGAGAAGAUGUUCCUGCAGUGGCAGGCUUUGAACUUCAGGAAGGCAGCUCCAAGUGUCAUGAAUUUCCUGACGCAUCAGCAUUUAACUCCGAGGACGUCUCCCAGCCUUUCACCAUCCCCCGCACGUCCAGCAUUGCCAGAGCCAAGAGGCCCUCCGUGUCUUUUGCAGAAGGAACUAAAUUUGGCCCUCAGUAUCAAAGAGGUUCCAUGGAGACACCAAAUACCACUCGGAAGCCCAAAGCCCCCCGGGGUCUCACCAAACUUGCCUCUCACCAGCACCAUGCUGACCCAGAGGAGGGGCCCCAGGAGGGUGGGUCGCCAGGUGACUGUUACGAAAACCCAGAGCCCAUCUCCGAGGCUGAGGAUAGCCACCGGCCCUCCCCCAGGGGUACCCCAGGAGGCCACAGGAUGGCAGUGUCCAGUGGCAGUCAUGUGGCCCAGAGAGUCGAGGCCCUUGAGGCAGCUUUGAAUCCAAACACUUUGGAUGUUAGGGGGAAGGAGCAGAAUGUCACAACCAUUUACGUGACUGUGGGGACAGCAGGGAAAUCCUCCAAGCCCAAUGAGAGUGCCAAUGGAAGCAGAGAGGGGACAGUUCAGGCUGUACUGAAACGUUUGGGUAGCUUCCAGAGAGUAAAAAGGGCUUUCAGGGAGGAGCCCAUGGUGAGGAAAAGUACUGAGAGCAUCCAGAAACCUCCCCGCAGGGCCCUGGGCCCAGAGAGGGACUCCAGAGACCUGUUCCCCCAGCCAGCCCCUCCACACAAGGACAGCUCCAAGACAACAGGUCUGGAGCCCUGUGAGUCACCUGCGCUCCUUACAGAUAGACACCAGAUAGAUGUUCCCGUGAAGAGAGAACCUCUCAUCCCCACAUCUCCUAUAUUUGAAAGACUAGUGGCUCAGGAAGGAGAAGAUGGGGUUACAGGGGACCCCAAGAAGAGUGAAAGUCUUGAAGAGGCCAGAAGCCUAGAAACAAAUGAACAGGCUGUUGUUGAGGAGGAACCCAAAUAUGAAAAUGUGUCUCCAAAUCGCUGUCCUUCAGACGAGCCUCCUGCCACCUCCCCUGACUGUGCGGUCAACACCUGAAAACCCACCCAGGACCCAAAUCCUGCCUCUGUUUCAGAACUGUGACAGUCAUCACGAUGGAGCUGUGGCCACAGGGGGCAGUGUUCCUUGCAGGGCAGGCCACGAGUUAUUGAAGAGUGCUAGGUCUGCAACAUGUCUGGUAUUAGAGGGAACCCAGAAUUUCACCUCCCAGACAUGCCACAUGAACUAGAUUAUUGUCUAGUGUUACCAUUAAAUCUCUGUGUGUUCCGCA